AUGGCCAUGGAUAGAAGAAGCAGCAGCAGCACAAUUGCUACGGUCCUUGUUUUAUGUUCGGCUCUGGCUUCUUGCAAUGCAGCUGGCGGCCUUCCACGGCCCGCCCCUCCUGCCGUCUUUAAUGUGGUCAGCUUUGGUGCAAAGCCCGGCAAUACAGAUAGUGCCCAGCAGGCUUUCAUGAGGGCAUGGAAUGCUGCCUGUAAAUUCGUUGGACCAAGGGCAAGUUUGUUUGUACCUCCAGGGAUUUUCACGCUCGGAGAGGUCACAUUUGAGGGGCCGUGCAGCAGCCAAAGUCCCAUCGUUUUCCAGGUUGCCGGAACCGUACAAGCCGUGUCUGAUGUUUCUGCAUACUCCGGUCAAGGCUGGAUUUCUUUCGACACGAUAAACGGCUUGGUAAUUACUGGCGGAGGUACCAUUGACGGCCGGGGCCAGAAUGUAUGGCAAUACAAUGACUGCAAAAAUAAUGGUGAUUGUGUGCAUUUACCAGCCUCUUUCCACUUUAAUGGUGUGAAGAAUGCAAAAAUCAAGGGUAUCAGCUUGGUAAACGCCAUGGGAUUUCACAUGCACGUUACUAACAGCUACCUAUUUAGAGCACAUAGCCUCACCAUUACUGCACCUCCAGAUAGUCCCAACACCGAUGGCAUGCACGUAAGCAAAUCUAACACUGUGAAGAUAGCCAGAAGUGUAAUCAGAACAGGCGACGAUUGUGUCUCUAUUGGACCGGGAGCCACUAAUGUCACCAUUAACAAAGUCACCUGCGGCCCUGGACAUGGCAUCAGCAUAGGUAGCCUGGGCAAAUAUCCCAAUGAAUUGGAUGUGAGAGGGCUGAUUGUGAAAAAUUGCACACUGCAAGGCACUACAAAUGGCGUCAGAAUUAAAACAUACGCAGGAUCAGGUCCAAGUGUUGCUGCAGGGAUGCGUUUCAGCGAUAUUGUCAUGGAAAAUGUGUUGAACCCCAUCAUCAUAGACCAAAACUAUGGCGGAUCCUCCACCCAGCCAUCUCAAGUAAGAAUCACCGAUGUUGUCUAUGAAAACAUAAGGGGAACCACAAGCACAGAAACUGCUAUCAGUCUAACGUGCAGCCCAUCGGUUCCUUGCCAAAAUGUGUAUUUUACCAACAUCAAUCUCAGGAACACGAGGACCGCUAGACUUUCCUCCAUUUGUGCUAAUGCGCGAGUUAUCUCUAGCGGUGUACAAACCCCUGCUCCUUGUGUAUUAUAG